AUGCCUGCCGCCAAAGUCAUCAGUGAAGAGCCUUUGGACAACAAGGACGCAAAAUGGAUCCGUCUCAAGAAGAUUCAUUACACUGAUCAAGACGGAAAACAGAGACUUUGGGAAUCUGCUGAGCGCACAACUCGCAAGGAUUCUGGAAUAGACGGCGUCGCUGUCCUCGCUGUCCUUCGCUCCAAGACCAAGGCUUUCCCCCUCUCGACAGUCAUUAUAGAGCAAUACCAACUCCCUGCUGGUCUCGUCGAUGCAGGGGAAACAGCAGAGGCAGCAGCCAUUCGAGAAUUGAAGGAGGAGACAGGAUACGAGGCUGAUAUGACUACCGAACCCGAGUCCUCACCGAUCGUUGUCAGUGAUCCAGGAAUGACUAAUUCCAACAUGAAACUCGUGGUUGUAAGUGUCCUCCUAGAAGAUAAACUCGAAACUCCUACCCCGUGUCUUGAUGAUGGGGAACAUAUUAUCACUCGCGUCGUAGAGCUAGACCAACUCGAUACCGUGCUCAAAGUAUACGACAAAAAGGGCUUUGUAGUAGAUGCUAGGCUCUCUCACUUCGCAGCUGGUUAUGCAAUGGCGAAGAGGAUCAGUAUCGGCGCAUUCCCCUGAGAUGCUAAGUCGGGUGGUCCUAAUAGUACUUGGUCUCGCAUGAUGGACCGAAUGAUAGAGAAAAGUGAAUCAUCGCUGGUCCAGCAUUCAGACUAGCGACAUGUACAACACUGGCUAGCAUCAUACGAUGUACUAGUGAUACGAUUUUUUUGCGCGUUCAAUGUGUGCCCUCAACUUCUGCUGCUUCUCCCUCAAGGACGCCUUCUUCUUUCCCCGUACCGCACCGCUGCUCAAUAUCAUCAUAAUCGGCUUAUUCCUUGCCUUCUCGCGAUUUGUGGAGCUGCUUGGAGACUCUUUAUUUUUCUUACCCUUCAGCGAGCCGUACUUUUCUCGCCCUUCCCGACCCUUUUCAAUACUCGCUAUGCGUUCCGCAUAGUCAGCUUUAGCCUUUUUGCGCGGACCAAGGAUAUCGUUCUCAGAAAUGAACGUGCCAUCAGAUGGCCCAGUUUGCAUGGCCCUCCU